UUGCCUUUUAAAACUCAACUGGGAAACGCGGAACCAAAACAAACGGCAUUUUGCUCGUGUAGAAAAAGAAAGACAAAACAGAGAAACGAGAUACAAAUAUGGACACCAUGAUUUACUUGGAUCAGGAGAACGGAAGACUGACCACUCCAGCCAUCAAAUCUCGCCAGAACAGACUGCACUCUGCUCCGGAUCAGUGCUUGAGAACACCUCUGACAGGAAAGGCACGUCUUGGAGCUCCUCUGCGAUCGGGCCGAAAAGCUUUGGGAGUCAUAAAUAAAGUUGUUGCCACCCCAGCAGCAUCCCAUAAAGCAGAGGAGAAGACUAAACCUGCUGAAGCCAUGUGUAAGGUUCCUGCUCAGCCAGCUAACAUUAGUGAGGAGACGCCAAGGAUCGAGAAGUGUUUUCCAUACACUCCAAGCGAGUUUGAGACCUGCCGUGUUCCAGAUGAAGUCUACCUCAGUUGUAUCUCACUGACUGGUCUGGGAAAACAGAUGUGGUCGACUGCUUCACCAGUGGAAGAGCUUAUCAUGGACCCAUGUUUACCACUUUCACCUUUAAAGAUGCCCAGAGCGGUUGAAUGCGUUGGUGAAGUGGAGGCAUUCCUACAGACGAUCAGUGAGCUGACUGUUGACUUGCCCCCUGAGUGUGAACUCUAAAUUUUCAUGUGGAUUGUGAACUUUGUACUUUUAAAAUUGUUUGCUUUUAACUGUUAUUAAAUGUUUUAUAAAACUUCUGUCCAAUGUUGUUAAUCUGAAACAAAGUGGUCUUAACUUUUUUUGUUUCUUUUCUUUUUUUCUCCUUCCUGGUAAACUCGAGGGGUCAGUUCCUCACCAGCAUUAAGAUAUAACUUAAGGCAUUGUACUUAAUUAAACAUUGAAAUGACAAUCUA